AUGACAUUCAAACUGUGGCUGCUCCCGAUCGCACUACUUCUGGCCUCCUCCGAGGCCUCCUUCCACUCCUGCCACUUCAUGCUAGAAAACGAAAUUCCAUUUAGCCUGGCCUGCAAGGCCAAGUACAGCACCGACCUGAAGCUGAACUACCGAGACGUUUGGCUCAGGGCCGACAUGCCCUACUGGCUGUGGUGGAGACGACGGCCCAGUUUGGAGUUGCUGAUCUCCUUUUAUGAGUCGCCCAUUUCGCCGUGCCUGAACGUUAGCCUGAGCCUCAACUGCCUCCAUUGCGCGGACUCCGAGGAGCCUGGCAUCCACAUUCGACCCGAGGGCAUCCACUGCUUCGACUUCUCCUUCUCCUACGUGCGGGAUCUGAUGAAGCACUGCGGCCUUUCGCCGGCCACGAAGUUUGGUCGCGUCGCCAUUCUGUAUGCGCGGCGGGUGCCCAAUCGGGAUGUUCCCUCUCGGGCAGCCAGGACUUGGCCCGGGAUCCUGGGCGUCAGCAUUCCCUGAGAAUGUCGAUGCCAAACGCAGGGCC